GAACGGAGUAUCUACAUUAAAGAAAUUAACAAUAAUUAUUUCUUUAAUUCAAAACAUUGGGUUUAACGCUAACAUCAACAUGAGCUGGCAAGAGUAUAUGGACAAUCACCUUUUAUCUUCGAAAUGUAUAGAUAAAGCUUGCAUCGCGGGGUUGGAUGGGAAUGUUUGGGCUCAGUCAAAAGACUUUGCAGUUACAAAGGAUGAACUGUCAAUGCUGAUUUCUGGUUUCGAAAAUAUGAAUGUGCUCAUCAAUAAUGGUGUUAAUCUGGCCGGACAGCGCUUCAUAUACAUAUCAGGUAGUGAUAGCAUUGUCCGUGCCAGAUUAGGAAAAGAUGGAGUACACUGCAUGAAGACAAAACAAGCAGUCAUCGUUUCUACAUACAAUGAUCCUAUCCAACCCCAGCAGGUCGCUAUGGUAGUGGAGAAACUUGGCGAACACUUACUAAACUGCGAUUAUUAACUAUAAAUUUGUAUAUAACCAUAAAUAUAAAUACAAAUACAUUUAUAAAUAUAAAUGUAAUUACAAAUAUAUAUAAAAACAUGAAAAAACCCAACACCAAAAUAACCUCAGAGAACAACUAGCUAAAAUUAAAUUAACCAAUCAAUUAACCAAUUAAUCAAUCAAAACAAACCUAUUAAAAUGGAACUACUUUGAAACUUACUACCGUCUAAAAAUAGUGUAGAAAUAACUAUAAUAACUAAAAUCCUGCGGUGAAAAAAUACAAUGUCAAUCCAUUUAAAUCUAUUAAAAGUAGGGUUCAAAUAUAAACCAGGCGAUUUUCCGGAGGACUAUAUAAAA